AUGCCAUUAACAUCUGACCACAAGUCUCAUUCUAUUAAGAAUUUCUUUAAAAAGGAUUCAUCUCCAAACUCAGAUAUGUCUUCCUUAACAUCAUCAAGCUCAAAUAAUACCAAUACUACCUCUUCAAAUUCAAAAAUAGGAUUGAAUACGUUGUUUCAUCAUCAUCAUCAUAAAGAUAAAGAUAGUGAUAAUAGACCUUCAUCUCCUUCUGAUUUAUCUGAUCCUCAUCAUAACAUCGCUAGUCCAACUACAAGCAAUAAUAAUAAUAAUAAUACUUCAGCAGGCCCAUUAGCACGAUCAAUGUCAUUAAGAAGAAAUCAAGCUAAUUCAGUUAAUACUGCCAAUGCUUCCACCAAUUCCAAUAAUAUAUUCCAAAGAGCAAGAAGUCAUACUCAUGAUAGUCAUCAUCAUCCCCCUCCUGCUUUGAAAGCAAUGUCAAAGGCUCAAACUGCUCUGCAUAUUCAAUCUUUAAAUCAAAAAAAUGCUUUAAAGAAUCAUCAACGUCAUGGUGAGAAAUCAACCAUACCGUCAAGUCCAUCUCAAUUACCUUUUAAUCCAUCAAAUCAAGGUAUAGCCGGUAUUUCUUCUUCAACUUCUUCUUCAGCUCAUCAAGGAGGAGAAAAAAUUGUUUAUAAUCCUUAUGGAUUAAAGAAAGAUCCAACUCAAGAAUUACCAAGAGGUACAAGUUUUUACCUUUCUGGUAUUAUUGAUGGUGAAAGAGUAUUAGCCAAUCCAGUUCAUGAUCCAAAUGAUUAUUUACCUGCAAAUUUACAACAAGAACAUGUUAAUCUCUUGGAAGAUUACGAAAUUGAUAUUUCUAAUAAAAAAUUAGGUGAUGGUGGAAGUUCAGAUGUUAGAAUUAUCAAUUCUAUAAAUCAUAAAAAGAAUGUUUAUGCAUUAAAGAAAUUCACUUUAUUGUCAAAGGAGACUGAUGAAGAAUUUUAUAAAAGAGUUAUUAAAGAAUUCAUCAUUUCUAAAAAAGCUGCUGUUUCAAGACAUGUGGUUGAUACUUUCACCAUUGUUAGAAUUCAAAGUCAAGCCAAUCUUUCUAGAGGUUGGGGAAUUGUAUUAGAAUUAUGUGGUGGUGGAGAUUUAUUCUCUACUAUUAUUAAACCAGGUUGGAAACGCACUCCUAUGGUUGAGAAAUUUUGUAUUUUUAAACAAAUAGCAUAUGGAGUUAAAUAUUUACAUGAUAAUGAUAUUGUUCAUCGAGAUUUGAAACCGGAAAAUAUUUUAAUUACUUCGAAUGGGGUUGCUAAAUUAUGUGAUUUUGGAGUUAGUGAUUAUGGUCAUGAAAUUCCCGAAGAUUUCUCAAGUCCAGUUAAAUUAUCUUCAAGUUAUGUUGGAUCACCACCAUAUUCUUCUCCUGAAGUUAUGAUUUUAAAAGAUAAAUCUCAUUCUGAAGCUAAGAAAUGUGCUUAUGAUCCAUUUAAAAUGGAUGAUUGGGGAUUAGGAAUGUUAUUAUUCUGUUUAGCCUAUGGAGGAGUACCAUUUCAACAAGCUCAUGUUAUCGAUGCUGCUUAUAGAGAUUAUAAAUUUAACCAUCAUAGAUUUUAUACUGAUCAUCCAUCAUUUAAAAAUAAAAAUGAAUAUAAUAAAGGUCCCGGACCUGAAUUUAAAUGGGCUGGUACUUUUCAAAGCAAUGGCGCUUCUAGAGUGGCAUGGAAAUUAUGUGAUCCUGAUGUUAAUAAUAGAUAUGAUAUUUAUAAUGUAUUCAACGAUCCAUGGUUUCAACAAUUGGAAAUGUGUCUUUAUGAACAUCCUGAUCAAGAUGUGAAUCCAUUUGUAUUACCCGGUACUGGAUUAGAAUCUUCCAAUUAUACCACCGUUGGUCAUCAUAAUGGUAAUAAUAAUGGUAAUGGAAGUGGUAGUUCGGCAGGAUCAUCAAGAGUACCAUCUAGAAGGGGUACCAUGAGUGGGAUUAAUAAAUCGAUUGAUGUUAAUGAUGAACAUGCUCAUGAUAUACAUACUCCUGUUAGAAGUAUGUUAGAUUUAACUGAUGUUUCAAAAUCAUUAGCCGGAACUAAUAUCAAUAAUAAUAAUGGAGGUCCAUCACCAACUUCAAGAAAAGAUAGUAAUAAAUCAUCAAAUGAUGAAUAUGAAGAAGGUGAUGAUACUAUGAAUAAAUCAAGUUCAUCAUUAGGAGAAUUACAAAUCACUGCCUCUCAUCCUCAUCCACCUCCAGCUCAAGAAGUUAGACCUAGUUCAUCAUCAAUACAUUCUAAUGAUAAUGCAUCUUUCACUACUAAAGUUAGAUCAAUGUUGGAUGUACCUGAUUCUUCUAGUAAUUCUAUAAAGGAACCAUUAACUCCAACUUUGCCUGCUAAUAAUUUACUUGCCAAUGUGACUAACAAUAGUCCCCUUGAUCAUCAAAUCAAACAAUCUUUACCAGAUCUAAGAAGAGCAUUAUAUUCUACAUCCCAAUUGAAAUUAGAUAGUGAUGGAAUGUGUGAAUUAGGGUAUGUGAUUAAAAAACAUCAUCAUUUAGAUGUUAGUACUGUAGCUAUGAGUGGAAGUAUGUCAAGAAGAAGAUGAAGAUAAUUAUUCUUUCUAUAUUGUAUUUUUGCUUUAGUUUAUUUAGUUUUUAGUUUUAUUUAUUUCGUUCUUUUAGAGUGAAUUUAUAUAUAUAUAUUUAUUUAUUAUGGGACAA